AUGGAACAUUUUAGUCCACUUCACUUCAUGUUGUCCGAGGACAGUAUAUUUGUUAAUGUUAUCAGAUGUAAACUGAAACCACCUACAAUGAAAUCCCGCAAUGAACUAAUCAAAAUUGUUUCAUAUCCUCGAAAGAAUAAUGAAAGGAGUGUGAAGGUAAAGUGCUUCUCUACACUUUUAAAUCGUCAAGAGAAUUGUCAACACUUUUUGGAAUAUUUACAACCACACUGUCAAGUAGUCAAAACAGAUCCCAUUUCUAUAUUUUUCAUACGAUAA